AUGCAGUUGGUCAAUCCCCAUUCAUUAUGCCGAAUAAAUUUUAAUGCCGAAAUUGUCCGAUAUACCCUGCUCUUAGCUCGUCGAUGCACCCUACCUACCGAGGUCAUCACUCCCAUCCGUAUGCGACGUAAGCAGGUCGCCUCGGCGGCAGCCUCUCGCUUCAACCGUAUCAGUGCUCCAUCGCAUGCAGCCUCCGAUCGGCCUGCCCCACUCGGCCGCUCGUUGGCCUCAGGCUCCGACUUCCUUCCCAACUUCAGGCCGCGGAACAUGAGUCACCCCGCCGGUAGCAGUCCCUCGCAAUCCGCCAACUCUGGUCAUUGUCCUCAAGCCGCUGUUGCAUCGGCCGCCCCGGUGGUGCUAGGCAAAACUCAAGCUGGGGGCGGAUUACUCGAAAAGUGGCGCAAGAAGCUGAAGCAAGCGCGUCACUAG